CUUCAGUUAUAUCUAGCAACGACCGCUGCUUUUUCCCUCUUCCUCUUUUCCUCUUCCUCAGACAUCCUUUGAAUCAUCUAUCUUGACUUUUCUCUCCUCUUAAAUACCCCUAUCUUCCCGCGAAUCUCUGUACACUAGAUCCUCUCUUCCUUUUCUACUCUUUUUUUACUACCCCGCCUUCACACACAACACACAAUGGCUCCCGCAGUCGGAAUUGAUCUGGGAACGACCUACUCCUGCGUCGGUUUCUUCAGAGAUGACCGCAUUGAGAUCAUCGCCAACGACCAGGGUAACCGCACUACUCCUUCCUUCGUUGCAUUCACCGACACCGAGCGUUUGAUCGGUGAUGCCGCCAGGAACCAGGUCGCCAUGAACCCCCACAACACCGUCUUCGACGCCAAGCGUCUCAUCGGUCGUCGUUUCGCCGACGCUGAGGUCCAGUCUGACAUGAAGCACUGGCCCUUCAAGGUCGUCGACAAGGGUGGCAAGCCCAUCAUCGAGGUCGAGUUCAAGGGCGAGACCAAGCAGUUCACUCCCGAGGAAAUCUCCUCCAUGGUCCUGAUCAAGAUGCGUGAGACUGCCGAGUCCUACCUCGGUGGCACUGUCAACAACGCUGUCAUCACUGUCCCCGCCUAUUUCAACGACUCCCAGCGUCAGGCCACCAAGGACGCCGGUCUCAUUGCUGGUCUCAACGUCCUCCGUAUCAUCAACGAGCCUACCGCCGCUGCCAUCGCCUACGGUCUUGACAAGAAGGGCGAGGGUGAGCGCAACGUCCUGAUCUUCGACUUGGGUGGUGGUACUUUCGAUGUCUCUCUCCUGACCAUUGAGGAGGGUAUCUUCGAAGUCAAAUCCACCGCUGGUGACACCCACUUGGGUGGUGAGGACUUCGACAACCGCCUCGUCAACCACUUCGUCGCCGAGUUCAAGCGCAAGCACAAGAAGGAUCUGACGACCAAUGCUCGUGCUCUCCGUCGUCUCCGCACUUCCUGCGAGCGUGCCAAGCGUACCCUCUCUUCCGCCGCCCAGACCUCCAUCGAGAUCGACUCUCUCUUCGAGGGUAUUGACUUCUACACCUCCAUCACCCGUGCUCGUUUCGAGGAGCUGUGCCAGGACCUCUUCCGCUCCACCAUGGAGCCCGUUGAGCGUGUCCUCCGUGACGCCAAGGUUGACAAGUCCUCUAUCGACGAUGUCGUCCUUGUCGGUGGUUCUACCCGUAUCCCCAAGGUCCAGCGUCUUGUUGCCGACUUCUUCAACAAGGAGCCCAACAAGUCCAUCAACCCCGAUGAGGCCGUCGCCUACGGUGCUGCUGUUCAGGCUGCUAUCUUGUCCGGUGACACCAGCUCCAAGACCACCAACGAGAUCCUCCUGCUCGACGUCGCUCCUCUCUCUAUCGGUAUUGAGACCGCUGGUGGUGUCAUGACUCCUCUGAUCAAGCGCAACACUACCAUCCCCACCAAGAAGUCCGAGACCUUCUCUACCUAUUCUGACAACCAGCCUGGUGUCCUUAUCCAGGUCUACGAGGGUGAGCGUGCCCGUACCAAGGACAAUAACCUGCUCGGCAAGUUCGAACUCACUGGCAUCCCUCCUGCCCCUCGUGGUGUUCCUCAGAUCGAGGUCACCUUCGAUGUUGAUGCCAACGGUAUUAUCAACGUCUCUGCCGUCGAGAAGGGCACUGGCAAGACCAACAAAAUCACCAUCACCAACGACAAGGGCCGUCUGUCCAAGGAGGACAUUGAGCGCAUGCUGGCUGAGGCCGAGAAGUACAAGGCCGAGGAUGAGGCCGAGGCUUCCCGUAUCCAGGCUAAGAACGGUCUCGAGUCCUACGCUUACUCCCUCAAGAACACCAUCAGCGAGGGCAAGCUCAACAUCAACGACUCCGACAAGGAGAAGGUCCAGAGCAAGAUCGACGAGACCAUCUCUUGGCUCGACAACAACCAGACCGCUACCAAGGAGGAGUACGAGUCUCAGCAGAAGGAGCUUGAAGGUGUUGCCAACCCCAUCAUCUCCGCCGCCUACGGUGCUGCUGGUGGUGCUGCUCCUGGUGCUGCUCCUGGUGCCACUCGCACUGCCGAUGAGGUCGAGGAGCACCCUGAGGAGCUUGACUAAGCGGCUUCAGUUACGUCCUUAUUUUUCAUGUCUUUGCCUUAAAUAGGCCUUUUAUGUUCUUGUUUCACGGAAUUAUGGGAUUUGCUACGUUUUCCUUUUCUUUUCUAAUUGCGCAUGACCUGCAUAGAUCCUAGUUUGGUGCUUUAUGGUCCUUGUCGAAUUUUCACGGGUGGGAAAAGUUAUGACGAUGGACGGUAUACUAUCUCCUUAAUACGAAGAAGGUUGAGUGAAUUUCAAUCAUUUCUAUUGUAGAUGU